UUUAGGUCUUGGUACGGAAAUUGGUAAAUGCCCUGGCCAAUAUGGCGGCUCUCAGUUACGUGAAUUCGAGCGAGUUCCUUCUAGGCGUUUGGUUCCGCACGGAUUAGUGAGCAGUGUGACUGGUGGACUGCGGAGAGGCAAUGCUUGCUGCUAACAGACUGGCCGUCAGACUUUGUCAGGCUGCAUGGCGGCCGGCAUUGACAGGCACCGUGUUAUCCCGGGGAUAUCGCGGCGAGGCACCAGGAGAUUCCGGCUGCGACAUCAUGGAGAUUCCCUUGCCACCUUGGGAGGAGAGAGCGGGGGAGCCCAUUGACAUCAAGAGGCGGAGGCUUCUGUAUGAGAGUCGCAAGAGAGGCAUGUUGGAGAAUUGCAUCCUACUCAGUUUGUUUGCCAAGCAAUACCUCAACACCAUGACUGAAGCUCAGCUAAAGCAGUAUGACCGGCUGAUCAACGAGCCAAGUAAUGACUGGGACAUCUAUUACUGGGCCACAGAGACCACACCGACUCCUGCCUGCUAUCAGGGAGAAGUGAUGGACCUGUUGCAGGAAUUUGCCAAGAACAGAAAACAGGAGCAGAGGUUAAGGGCACCGGACUUGGAGUAUCUGGACACUGGAAAACAGUGAUUCAUCUGGUUUUAGUUCUGCUCUGGCUGCACCGAUUUCAUUUCUCUGUUAGAUGAGACACAACAUUCAGGUCUCCAUAAUGUCACCAGUUGAGCCUCUGCAACUAGGGAGAUAUUAAAAAGAUUUGCGUGUACAUGGAAUAUUUAUACAAUAGAUUAGUAAAACUCAAUAUAUGUUGGGCCAGAUCAGUGGCAUUUAACUGUCUCUUGGGCCUGUCUACACCAGUAAGAGGGAAUCAUAUGAAGAUCAGUAGAGCGAAGGCUUCCAACCCAAGGGGAGGAUCUGUGUUUUUCUUCAUUGCACCACUGCAUCAUUUUCCUGUUUGGGAAAACCAGUGAGCAGAUCUCAGAAAAGCACAGUGACUGGUCCCAGUGAGGCUUAUACUCAGAGGUGCUGUCAUUGGCACUGUGAAGUUGUAUGCUAAUCUUUCUGCUUUCUGCUAUGGGACAGGGGUCUGACAGAAAAAUGACUGCUUGACGUAGAUGUACAUAGAUCAUCGGGUUUAAUGGUUACCACUAUGCUGAGUCUUGAUUUGUUUCAAGUCACUUCAGAUCAUUAAAUGAAAUUUAAAUUAAAAGUGGAAAGAUGGUUUUGGUCACAAUUUCUGACUUUAGCAUUUCAAAAUAAAUGGAGUAGUUUAUAUAAGCAGCACCACCUAGAGGCAGGUGGUGUAAAAUUUAAUGUCCUGGAAAUGUAAACUAAUAAUAAAAUAAAUAAAAUAAGAAUUAUUACCAUUA